CAGGGCGGGAUCCACCCCUGCCCCAGUCCGGCCCCAGCAGCGCCCGGAGCCUCUGUGCCAGCCGGACGCGGAGAGCCAUGGCCUCGCACCUCUGCCCGCCGUCCCCGCUGCUCGUGCGGGUGUCCGAGCCCGGCAUCUCGCUAUCCCUACACAGGAAGCUGAAUGCCUACUUCCAGAGCCGGGACUCGGAUGGUGGGGAGUGCAACGUCCGACCUUGGGGCCCCAGCGGCCAGGGUACCUUCCAGGUGCAAUUCUUGGAAAAGGAAGCCAAGGAGAGAGUGUUGAAAAAAGAAAAUCACCAAAUGUUGGUUGACAACAAACUCGUGACUAUUUUCCUGGAGCCCACUAAAAAUCCAGUAGAGGAGAAUACCAGACCCGGAAUAUCUUCGUUGACACUGUCACAAGAAGGGAUGAGGUCUGGUGAGAAGGAUCCAAAUGAAAAACAUGUUCCUAGUGCUGUGGAUUCCUGUGUCGAAAAGAUCUUUCUUGCCGUCACAGCUGACUUGAACUGUAACCUGUUCUCUAAAGAGCAGAGGGAACACAUAACCACUCUCUGCCCCAAUGUCAAAAAAUUGGAGAGCUACGAUGGAAUUGAGAGGGUGUGUGGUGACUUUAAAGAUAUUGAAAAAAUAUACGGCUUCUUGAAUGAGCAACUCCUAAAAAGUGAGCAGAAACAUGGAUCUUCCCCUUUGAGAACAGAGAGGGAGCCAAUCCAUCAGCAGGACCAGAACCGCUGUGUUUCUCCCUUUGACCCAAAAACCAGGUCAGAAGAGAAAAGCGACCAUUGUGAAGUUCCUUUGCCUUUGUCUGAAUACUCCAAAUAUCCUGAGAAAUAUCCUGAGAAAAUGGACUCAAAAGAGAAAGGACUUGCUGUAAAAAUAAAAAGUCAAGAGAGUUCUCCGAAUUCAGUCUCUGCAGACUUCACCUCAAGUCACUUAGGUAACCUCAGAGCAGCUCAAGAGUCUUUCAUCAGUGAAACUCAGAAGAGCGUGGGCACUCUGCAGCAGGAAAGUGUUGCUUUAGCAGACAGUAAGCAGGCAAAUAAAAUCAAACAGGAAUUGAAUCACCAGUUCACAAAGCUCCAUAUAGAGGAGCAUGGAGGAAAAUUAACUCUCCACGGGACUCAGGACAACAUUUCAGCUGCCAAACAUUUUCUUGCCUCCCCGAUCUCUGAAAGUCUUGUCAAGGCACCUGUGAAAAUAUUGAAUCUCUGGAGUCCUAUGAGACGAAUUACGAUUACCAAUGCUCACUAUAAGCUUUUAGAAGCUGAAUUACUCCAGGAGAUAUCAGAGAUAGAAAAAAGAUACAACGUUCAAAGUAAGAUUUUGAGCGAAAGUUGGAAAACUCACAUCCUAUUUGAACCUAAGGACAAGGAGUUAGAUCUGUCUAUGCAUGCUUAUGCAAGUUUCAUUGAUGCCUAUCAAUCUGUCUCAUGUCAGCUAAUGACAGAGUUUCUUUCACUGAAAACUUUGGGCAAGGGAAGAAUGCACUUAAGUGGCACCAGCUUCACUGAUGACUUUAAUAAGAGGCAUCCAGAUGUACACUUAGUGCUAAAUCAAGAGUCCAUGACUUUGAUUGGGUUGCCAAAUCAACUUGCAAAGGCAAAGCAGUAUGUCUUAAAAAGAGGGGGAAUGUCCUCAUUACCUGGAGAGAAAUGGAAUGAAGAUAAUGAAACGCCCAUGGACAUCGAUGUUAAUGACUCAGAAAUAGCUUCACCAACAUUUCGGUGCUCUGCCAGUUCUGGGGCAUCAGGAUUGGACAAGGAAGAGGACAUUUGCGUCAUCUGUAUGGAGCCCAUUAGUAACAAACAAGUGCUAUCAAAGUGCAAGCACCAAUUCUGCGCCCCUUGUAUCAACAAAGCCAUGACAUAUAAGCCAGUCUGUCCUGUGUGCCUGACUUCCUAUGGUGUCCAGAAAGGGAAUCAGCCAGAGGGAACCAUGGAAGUCAUUUUCGAAAGACAAUCACUUCCAGGUUAUCAACACUGUGGCUCCAUUAAGAUUAGAUAUAAUAUGUUUGGAGGCAUACAAACAAAAGACCACCCAAACCCAGGAAAAGAAUAUAAGGGAAUACAGCGAACUGCCUAUUUGCCUGACAAUAAAGAAGGACAAGAGGUUUUGACACUGCUUCGUAGAGCCUUUGACCAUAAGCUGAUUUUCACAGUGGGAUAUUCUCGAGUUUUAGGAGUUUCAGAUGUCAUUACAUGGAAUGAUAUCCACCACAAAACAUCCCGGUCUGGGGGACCUGAAAUGUAUGGCUACCCUGAUCCUCAUUAUCUGAAACGCGUCAAACAGGAGCUGAAAGAUAAAGGAAUUAAGUAAGAAGACUGCUGGAAGGGCGUCUUGAGCCAAGCUUUCAAAAAGACAUGGUCGAAGAAGCUGAGAAAAUGCCCAUUUAAAUCAUUAUGUAGAAAUGCCUUUUAAAAAUGUUCAUCUCAAAAAGGGGUUUGUGUAAAAGUAAGAAUCUGAUAGUCUGUUGUUUUCAGAGUGUCACUUAUGGAAUAUGAAAGCCCCGAAGAUCUGUGUGAUGUUGCUACAGAGGUGUUGUGCCUCAUUCUUUUUUGUGGGGAGAGGGGAUGGAUGAAAUGCUGUGGGUAUGAAAUCAUCUUCUGUGGUCUUCAGUUAAAAUACUAACUGCCAAUUGAUCUUUCUUUUUACUACCAUUUCUGGGGUGGUUUUUAUAGUUUUUUUUUGUUGUUGUUGUUGGUUGGUUGGUUGCCCUUUACUCUAAAGUUAAAAUCCUGGUACGAGGUGGGGUGGGAUGGGGCUUUGAUUACAGAAAAUUAAGAGACAUUUCCUUCCCUCAUGGCCAAAAAAGUGGCCAGGAGCAAAGAUUGGGCAACCUUUGAUAAUAGAUAGCAUAAGGUUAUUAUUCUUCAUGACACAGAGCCAGGUAUACAGUUGAUGCUUAAUAAAUUUUUGCUGCCUGACUCAGGUGGCUAAUCAUCCAGCAGAGGCAUUUUUGGCUUCCCAAAUCUUUAGCAGAGGUAGGAGUAAGGAAGCCAUUUCCGAGGUCCUCACCACUGAUUUGGAAAACUGAGUUUCUUACUCUAGAGCACUUGGCCUCUGAAUGCUGACCUCUGGACAAGUUUCCAAGCUAGUCCUUGCUCUCCGAUGACCCUUGUAAUCUGCUAUAUGGGGUGCACUUGCUACACAUUUCUAAACCAUUUUUUCCUCUGAAUAUAUUGCACUUUUGAGUGUACCCCACUUCCAGUUUUAACAGAUAAUAACCUACCUUUAGUUUCCAUAGAUUAUCAUUUUCUUAGUAACUGUAGCCUCCUAAGUGGACAUUUGUCCAUUCUUUUACUAAGUCUCUCUAAGUCAUGUUUUCUCUCAUGAAAUCUUUCUCCCUGAUACUCUCUGGACACAAGAGGCAAGAGUUGAGCCUACUAUAAGGAAUCUAUGACAUGUCAAAAUUUGCUUUUAAAUAGUUCUCCAGCCACAAGAAAGUUAGAAUAGCAAAUUAUCUGGUCAUCCACAUCCCAGCUUCUCUCCAAAAAUGAUGAACGAGAUGUCUUUUUCUUUUCCUAAAGAUAUACAUACACACACAUAUACAUUUUUGGUCAGAAGGUAAUAGUUAAUAUUUAUUGUGGACUUAUUUUGUCCCCUUUAUUUGAGCUUUAUCUUUGCGUAAUUGAUACCAGUAGUAUCCCCAUUUUAUAACUGAGCAAACUGAUGUGCAGAGAGGAAACUUUAACAAAGGUCACACAUUAAUAAGUAGAAAUGCUGAGAUUUGAAAACGAUAGUCUGGCUCCAAGGCUUCUGCACUCCAAGGUCAUACUGCCUCCCACAGGGAGACUUCUCAUCCAAGGAGCAGGCCGAGGAGUUCCCAUCGUUCCGCACCUCUCUCAGAAAUGGAUUCCUGCAUGGUGCUCACAGCAGAUUUCCUCCAAGGAGAUCCUAUUUGAAGAACUUUCCUCUGUCCAGAGUUGAGGGAGCUUAUUACAUUAGAUGAUAUGUCUUUUUUUUUUUUUAAAUCAGGUUAUACAUUUAAUUUUUAGUGAUCAUUUAUGUCUUUACUGUUAUGAUUAAUUGUUUUGUAGCUACUGAUCUUUUAGCUAAAUUUGCUUCAAAAAAACCCAAAAGUUGGGUCCUCGCUGAGGUCUGGAUCCUUGAUCACAAUGUAGUGUGUGCACAGGCAGCUUAAGGGUAUGAGUGGUUCGUGAGCCUUUGGAUUGCCGCUUUUGCUCUGUGGAAGGUAUCCGUAUCUGCUUUAAAUAAAGUUAUAUCCAUAUUAGGAACA